GAAGAAGCCUCACUCUGCACAUCACACUUGACAUCCUUCACUACUAAUCAACAAAAGAAAAACAAGAUGUGGGAUGAAACUGUAGCUGGACCUAAGCCGGAGCAUGGCCUUGGCCGCCUCCGCAACAAGAUCAACGCCCAACCCAUUGACAUCAAAGGUGUAGGAGAAGGGAGCAGCAGCAAGGCUCCGCCUGCGGUGGCUGGGAGUCCUGGAACUCCAACGACGCCAGGAUCGGCACGUAAAGAGAACGUGUGGAGGAGUGUGUUUCAUCCAGGAAGUAACAUCGCCACCAGAGGAAUGGGCACUAACCUUUUCGACAAGCCCUCUCACCCAAACGCUCCCACCGUCUACGACUGGUUGUACAGCGACGAUACUAGGAGCCAGCACCGUUGAGCCGAGACCGAGAGGGAGGAGUGACAUGCCGGUGAUGUAGUAUAUCCUGUUUCCAUUAGCCACGUGUUUAUUUUCAGUUUAUGGCUGCAUUCGCAACCUUUUUUUCUUUGUUUGUUGUUGUUAGUGACCGUUUGAUUUCCACCAUCUGGGUUGGUUUUUAACGGUGGUAAUGCGUCCUCUUGUCUCUUUUAAUGUUUCUACUGUUUCAUAAUAGAUAUAUUUAACUUUUAGCUUCGAA